UCUCCACACUUCGCUUUCGGCAUUCAAACGUUUCAGUCUCGAAAUUUAAUUCGUGCCUAGUGGACACGAAAUAGUAGUCGAGUGGAGUAAAUAGAAGAAUAGCAGAACUUGGAAUUAACAUACAGGCUGUUUAAUAUAAAAACAGUUCAAUUUUUUACAAAGAGAGUUUUAUUACAAAUCAAAAAGUGUUAAUUAAUUAUCAAAAUGGCACCACCCACCAAAGAGGACAUGGAGACCGGUCAAGCGUUCGAUUCCAAUGCCAUGACAUUGACGCGCUUCGUGCUGCAGGAGCAACGCAAGUUCAAGAAUGCGACUGGUGAUCUCUCACAACUGCUCAAUUGCAUACAGACCGCGAUUAAGGCUAUCGCUUCGGCGGUACGUAAAGCGGGCAUAGCCAAAUUGCAUGGCAUUGCGGGUGAUAUAAAUGUGCAGGGUGAGGAGGUGAAGAAGCUGGAUGUGCUUUCAAAUGAACUGUUUAUCAAUAUGUUGAAGUCGUCAUACACCACUGCGCUGCUGGUGUCCGAGGAGAAUGAGAAUGUGAUUGAGGUGGAGUUGGAGCGUCAGGGCAAAUAUGUGGUUUGCUUCGAUCCACUCGACGGUUCUUCCAAUAUCGAUUGCUUGGUGUCGAUCGGCUCGAUCUUCGCUAUCUAUCGCCGUCAAACGGAAGGUGAACCCACCAUACAGGAUGCACUACAGCCGGGUAAUCAAAUUGUUGCGGCCGGUUAUGCGCUAUACGGUUCAGCCACCGCGAUUGUGUUGAGUUUGGGCGCCGGUGUGAAUGGUUUCACUUAUGAUCCUGCGAUUGGUGAAUUCAUUUUGACCGAUCCCAAUAUGCGUGUACCCGAAAAGGGGAAAAUCUAUUCCAUUAAUGAAGGUUACGCCUCCGAUUGGGAUGCGGGCGUAUUUGGUUACAUUGCCGCUAAGAAGGACCCCAGCAAGGGUAAACCAUAUGGUGCACGUUAUGUUGGCUCCAUGGUGGCCGAUGUACAUCGUACCAUCAAAUAUGGUGGCAUUUUCAUUUAUCCCGCUACAAAAUCGGCACCAAGCGGCAAAUUGCGUUUGAUGUACGAAUGCAAUCCGAUGGCAUAUUUGAUGACACAAGCCGGCGGUUUGGCGAGUAACGGACGCAUUGACAUUUUGGAUAUUGUGCCACAGAAAAUACACGAACGCAGUCCCAUUUUCCUCGGCUCCAAGCAGGAUGUAGAAGAAGCGUUGAGUUAUGUGCAAGCGGAACACAAGUAAUUGAAGCGCGAAAAUUUUUGUACGAAAUACACGCAACCGCACAUAUGUAUAUUGUAUAUGUGUGUAUGGUUGUUCAUGUGUGACUUAAUACUGACUAAGAGAUUGCCAAUUAAUUGAUUUAUUGUUUACUAGCAUAAGGUGAUGCCUGAUUAAGUUUAAAAUAUGUGAAGAAAAAGCUAAAUGAUGUGAAAAACAAAAUGAAAAAAAUAAAACAAAAAAAAAUAUAUAUAAUAUAAAUAAAUUUAAGACUAGAAUAAAAAAUAAAUAAAAAUUAUUUUAUAUAAAAAA